UUCCCACAAUGCUCCUUGAGUCCUUGGAGUGUGAAGGCAGCAGACAUGUCUAAACGAAAGGUGCUGGAGCUGUUCUAUGAUGUGGUCUCCCCCUAUUCCUGGCUGGGGUUUGAGAUACUGUUACGAUAUAAGAACUUAUGGAACGUAGACAUUCAUUUACGCCCUGGGUUCCUUGGAGGAAUAAUGCAUGCAUCUGGUAACUCUCCUCCCGCCAUGGUUCCAAAGAGGGGUUCCUACAUGGUGAAGGACUUGGAAAAGCUGUCUGAGUUUUAUCAAGUUCCUUUACAUCAACCAAGUGAUUUCUUUAAUGUUGUCAUUAAGAAAGGAAGUCUGUCAGCCAUGCGGUUUGUGACGGCUGUUCAGAUGUCACAUCCAGAGUUCCUUGAGUCAGUGUCUCGGGAGUUGUGGCUGCGAAUCUGGUCUGAGGAUAUAGACAUUACAGAACCGGAGAGCAUAAUACAGGCUGCUAAGAAAGCUGGAAUGCCCGAAAAUGUGGCAAAACAAUUAUUGUCCACCUGCACCUCACCGGAAGUCAAAAACAAGCUCAAGGAGACAACCGAGAAGGCGUUGGAAUAUGGGAUUUUUGGAAUGCCCUCCAUCGUGGCUCAUAUAAAUGAAAAGCCAGAGUUGUUUUUUGGAUCUGAUCGGUUUGAACUUCUGGCUCAUCGUCUGGGUGAAAAAUGGCUGGGACCGGUGCCACAAAACUCAAAGUUGUGACAACCUCCACAGACAGGAAAGGAGUUACAUGUUCACCCUCAAUUACUUAGAGUGGUAGUUUGUUGCUAAAAUUAAUGAAAAAGAAAACUGUAUUCAAGCCAGAAUCAUUAUUUACGAAGGUUUCUUAAUUAAUAAAAAAAAUUCUAUUUCA